AUGUCCCCUAUCCGCCUCAACACCCCCACGCCCACCCACAUCUGCCCCGACAACUCCCUCCAGGUCAUCGACAUCUCCACCUCCCCCACCCACUCAGACAUCGGCCUCUGCACCCCGCCCGCCCACACCUUCACCCCCACCCCGCCCCUCAGCCGCCACAGCAGUCGCGCUCUCCUGGCCGACGAGGGGGGCAACAGCGCAAUGGGAGGUCUGUCUGGAGGGGAGGGAGAGCUCGGGGUGCUGCUGAGGACCGUCGACUUUGCUGCGAGGAAACAUUCCUGCCAGAGAAGAAAAGACGUAGACCAGACACCAUAUAUCAACCAUCCCAUUGCUGUAGCCAACUAUCUUGCAACGACUGGUAUUACUGACGUCCGCGUCCUGCAAGCUGCCAUUCUUCAUGACACUGUAGAAGAUACCCACACGUCUAUCGAGGAGAUUGCUGAGCAAUUCGGGUCGGAUGUGGCUCGUAUCGUUGAAGAAUGUACAGAUGAUAUCGAUUUGAGUGGUCUGGAACGCAAAGCCGAGCAACUACGUUCAGCACCCGGCAAAUCCAACGAGGCUAAACAGGUCAAACUCGCCGACAAGAUGCACAACCUCGAAUCCAUCAGGCGGAGUCCGCCAGUGGGCUGGGGCGUCAAGCGCGUGCAAGCCUACUUUAUAUGGGCUAAAAAGGUCACGGACAUCUGUGCUCCUGCUCACCCUCCACUAGCAGCCCGACUCGAUAGAUUAUACUCUACAGCAUAUACCAGAGUCAAUGGCGUUUACCAUCCGUGUCAUCCAGAAACGUGUGGGCCUUUGACGGAGGAGGAAAAGGAGAGAGUCGAUAGAAGACUGAGAGAUCUGAAAGAUGGGGACACGAUAUGCCCGGAGCCACUAUUCUUCUAG